AUGCUAAUACAGAACAAUAUCUCAAAAAAUUUGAUAUCAUUACCCACAAAUGUUCUAACCAUUCAAGAUGUAGUAUUGGAUUCACCUACAUGGAGAGCUAAUGUUUGCCAUUUAGAAGAUCAAAUCGACCAUUUCGAUAAAUGGUUGGACGGCUUUAUUAAAGCGUUGAAGAAUUAUACUGACUCUUUAUCGAAAUACACUAUUCAAACGAGCAACUUGUCCAGGAAAACGUUUUUGAGUGGUUUUGAAGAUGGCAGCUUGAUUGAUGAUAAGGUUACAGGAAACAUAAUUACCAAAUUUGCCAAAAUAUUGGAAUCAACCGUUGCGCAUAAUACAAAGCUGACUAGCGAAUUAGAAUCUGGACUAUUGGUUCCGUUGCAAAAAUUGCAGAAAUCAGAUAUAAAGGGUUUCAAAGACGGUAGAAAACAUUAUGAGAAAUUACUGGAUAAAUACGAAGCACAAUUGAACCGUUAUUAUGCUUUAAGCAAACAGAAAGAAGCCAGCGCACUGCGUGAAGACACAUUUCAACUGUUUGAUUUGAGAAAACAAUAUGUCAAAUUCAGCAGCGAGCAUUUUAUCAAAUUGAUCACCUUUAAAGCUCAUUUAGAAGAUGUUCUGGUUACAUGUUUUACUUGUGCUUUAUCAGCUCAUUUAGAAGAUUUGGAUGCAUCUGCACUCGAUUUUGAAUCGGUUCGUCUCAAUUUGAAUGGCUGGCGACAAUGGCUGGACGAAAGUAAAAAGACUGUCGAAUAUCAGUUACAGCAAAUUUCUUUACGCUGUGAGGCAUUACAAGCCAACUAUUUGAACAAAUUACAGCCUCAUCGGUCAUUGAAGAGAUACUCGGACUCCCAACAUCAAGCGCCGGAGGAUACAGGGGAGCAACAACCUAAAAGAAAAAAAAGCAAUACUAGCAGUACACAACAAAUAAAACAAGGCUACCUCAAUAGCCGGUAUAUAUCAAAUACAGGCAGAUCAACCAGAACCACCUGGACAAGGAAGUGGUUUUUUGUUCAAGAUGGUUGGUUUGGUACAUGUAAUACAACUACCAUCAAUAAAAUUAAAGGUUGCAUUACGUUGAAUGACCUUAUACAGCUGCAAAAAAAUAACGACGAUGAUGCCAUCACGUGCCGGAUUUGCAUGGAUAUAGAUAGGAGGUAUUGUUUCGAACUCAUACAUCCCAAAUGUACAUAUUAUUUACAGACAGAAACGGAAGAAGAUAUGCAACAAUGGAUACAAACUAUAGAAGCCAAUAUUACAAACACAUCGAGACCUAUGCCUAUAUCUACGAAUAAUAAGGGAAAUAAUAUAAUGGAAGAUAUUAAUGCCUCAAAAUCACCAGAACUACACUUAUCACCAAAAGCUUUACUUAAUAAUACUACUACUCUAAUGAGCGAUAAUGCUGAUAUUAUAGCCAUGUCUUCAUCACCAUUACCUGCAAGCCCUACUGGCUCAGAACAAGACAAGGAGUAUUGCUACUCCACAUCAACGUCUUCCUUAACUUCAUAUCUAUUACGUGAACGCAAUUCUUCUGCGUCUUCAUUACCACAUUCGUCAUCAUUAAACUAUUUGCAUGAACAGCAGCAGCAAGAACAGCAAGCUUCAUCAAACAAACGCGUAUUUCAUUACAGCAGUAGUCAAAGUAGCUUACAACAAACCUUACAGCAAAACUCUACUUGGGGCUGGUUUACCACAAGUAUGAACAACGCCUUUUCGAAUUUAAACAACACUCUGGACAACAGCAACAACAACAUCAACACUAGUAAUAAUAGCCUAAAUAGUAGUACAACACAGAAUGAUGUAGUAAAUCAUUCGCAUUCUUCGUCUUCAUUAAUACAGCAGCCAAAUGAUUUGAAUGAUUUGAUUGUUUGGCCUACCAAAAUCGAAACGGUCGUACUCAAACCUAGCUUAUCCAACUAUUCUUCACGACUUGAAGCUGCUCAAAAAGAAUUAAGACGAUUAUUCUCAAACGUACCAAAAGAAGAAAUUGUUUUAGAAACGUUUACCGGUUCCUUAUACCGUCAGCGACAACAAUCGGCUGGCGACAAUAGCAACAAUAGCAGCAGUGUCAGCGGGACGACUUAUGGAUACAGUGGAGUUGGAUUCAUUACACAGAAAACAUUAUGGUUUUACAGUUGUAUCUUGAUGACUUCUGUCAAUAUGAUUGUUAUUCCGUUGGAUAAAAUCGCUUCUGUACGUUAUCUGAAUGGUUCGUUGCUGCUUAUUGAAACCCAAAACAAGGAACAUACAUUUUCUUUUAGUUUUUGGUUGGAGAAUCGAGAUUUGAUCUAUGAGAAAUUAAAGUAUAUGAUCCAACAUUACCGUCAAACAGAUGAUUUGCAGACUAUUUUUGAUCAUCUACACCAGUUGGAUAAGAAGGUGUCUUUGAAAACAGCCAAUAAAAGCCGCCUUUCUUCUAUUACGACGUCGACCAGCAUUCCAACGAGCCAUGUGACUACCACCAGCAGUGCCUUGUAUUCUAUUACACCCGUAACAGUGCAAGCACAGCCUGUUGCGCCUAUAGCUAUGCCAAAUAACUCAUCCUCAACGUCAACGAGGAAUUCUAUAGAUACCAUCGCAAGCUCAACAGCUACUAUAUCAGAUCAACAACAACAACAACAGCAACAACAACAACAGCAAGAUGAUAAUAGUUCGAUUCAUAGUGAGGCACUUACUGACAUCAUACAGCAACGUAACUCACCGGCGCAAGGUGCAUUAUUAGCUGCUAUGAAAUCGACAGCCGCGCUUGCUGGCAAUAAACCAUCACCUUCAAAUGCUUCUGCUACUACCGGAGCUACCACAGCAGACACUAGCCAUGAUCGCAGUUACGUGGCUUGUGCGUCAAAGAAGGCUAAUAUUAAAAAAGAUGCCUGGCCACAAAAUAUACCAAAACCUUCUGAGCCUGUCACUUGUUCUUGUACAGACCAUCUGGAAAAAACUGAAAUGGAUAUUGAACUUCCUAUUUCAGCUUUUCAAUUAUUCAUCAUGCUAUUUAAUAACGUAGACCCGCCAUCUGAUAAUACAGAUGACCGAAAGCUUUGGGCUGAAUUGAAUCGAUCCCGUCAGUACGGUGAACCCACUUUCUCAGAAUGGUCAUCUGUAGACAGUCCUGACGAAGAGAAUCGUGGCGAAAAGUCGCCGCCCCAGCACCAUUACCGUCGUACAAUGAACUACAUUAUGCCUGUGGCCAACCCUCUUGUAAAAGCAAAAGAAACACCUGUUGAAGAAACACAAGAGAUUAUCGAUUCAAAGCCGCAUACUUGCUAUGUAGUGGAAGUGACGACCAAAACAGCUCAAUUACCCUAUGCAGAUGCCUUUAUCCCUUGUAUUAAAUACUGCAUUACGUUUGUGGAUACGCAGUGCUGUCGAUUAAAGUGUUCAAUAGGUGUACGAUGGUUGAAGAGUAUCAUUAUGAAAGGCAUGAUCAAUCGAGCAGCUACGAAGGGAAUGCAAGAAACAGUCCAGGGUGUCCUACCGUUAAUACAAAGACGGGUGCAAGAAGUCUCUAGCCAGCAGGAACAACAGCAGCAGAAGGCCCGAUCUGAAGCACUAAAAGUAACACCGGUCAUCACUCCUGAAGAUCAACAAAAGAUGCAGUCGAAGCGCGUCGUCGCUGCUACAAAUACUGCCACUGCUUUCAAUAACACUACUCGUAUAACCAACUGGUUGCAUUUGUUGACUAUCCUUUUUGGAUUUAUUUGCUUGUUGUGUACAGCUUACAAUAUCUUCACUCAAUAUAACUAUAAAGGUCAGCGGUCCCAGCCAGCGAAUAAUGUUCCCAAGCCUCAUGUUAUAUGGCAUGGUGUAUUUUUACGUGAUCUUCUAGAUCAUGAGCUUAUUCCCAGGGAGAAAUCUCUAGAAAACAACACUAUGUUUGAUCGUUUUAAAACAACCAUUUUGGAUCAACAAGAAAGAACCACAACUUCAAAUCAUGCCAUGGGCGGUUAUUCGUGGUUUAGUAAAGACCACCAAUGGAUGUCUACUGAGCUAAACUUUGUCCAAGAUAGGCUUGGUUUGUUGCGAUAUGAGCUACUGACGUUGUUGCAUAUGCUUAAUCGAAUGGAUACUCAGGUAUUAAGUUAUUUAUAUUGGAACUGGUUAUCAGACCAACGGUUCGUCUGCAUACAACAACAACAAAAACGUGCCAAAAAAUCAGGAUGGAUUAAGAAAAGUAAUACAGAUAAUGACGAUAAUCUUAGUGAUAAGUACAAUAUUGACUGUGAAGCUGUUAUGAAAGAAAAAAUACCAUUGUAA